GUAGACGAAAAACACAAAGUUGGCUCUAUAUAAACCCCGCGUGGCAAAUCAGAGCUCAAUUCUGAAUCAGAAGAAGCGAGCGAAGAUGUCGGGUCGUGGAAAGGGAGGCAAGGGUUUGGGAAAGGGAGGAGCCAAGAGGCACAGGAAGGUGCUUCGUGACAACAUCCAGGGUAUCACCAAACCCGCAAUUCGGCGUUUGGCUCGCAGAGGUGGUGUUAAGAGAAUCAGUGGUCUCAUCUACGAGGAGACACGUGGCGUCCUCAAGAUAUUCCUCGAGAACGUUAUUCGCGACGCUGUUACCUACACCGAGCACGCUAGAAGAAAGACCGUUACCGCUAUGGAUGUUGUUUAUGCUCUCAAGAGGCAGGGCAGGACUCUCUACGGUUUCGGUGGUUAAUUUCUAGGGUUUCCAUCGGCGUAGCAGCUGCUUAUUGGUUAUUGUUGUAAAUGGUUGCUUUUUAGGCUUCUUGUUAUAUUUGCUUCAAUUGUAAUGGAACAAAGAGUAUUUUGUUUCUGGUAUUUGAAUCUUAAUGGUUGAAGUUCUCUUAAUUGUCAUGGUUACUCUGAUUAUCUGCUAGUUAAUUGCGACUUAAGAGAAAAUUUGUGUUAA